AUGGCUGCUGUUUCUGGUACCAUCGAUAUCCUUGCCCUGGCUAAAGAUGCCUUCCAACUGUACCAUGUCUAUCGUGACGCACAGGAUCGCUAUCGUGCUUUGUGCGAAGACAUCAUAGGUCUCGAAUCUACACUCAAGGUUCUUGGCAACAAGCUCGUCUUUCAGGGAACCAGCAACAACUCGGGCCCUAGUUCGCGGGCCAACCUGAGCGCUAGCGAUGCCGCCGUCGAGGAUGGAGUGGGCGGCGGUGGCGGGCUUGGUCCCGAGGAGUCUGCAGCUCUACAACAACUUAUUCAAAAAGCGCAGAAGCUUCUUCAAGAGCUUCACGCGCGCGUGCCUGCCACAAAGCUCCCUCGCGGCCUCUACCGUCUCAAGUGGUCGGAAAGCGAAGUGCAGUCGGUCCGCUCGCGCAUCACGGCAUUGAACAGCAGCAUUGCCGCAUUUAGCAGCAGCCUGGUCGUCUCGCACAUUUCCUUCUCGGCACGGACGGAGCACUCACAGCAGCAGAUCCUGGGCACAUUGCGCGAGGUUCUCGACGCCGUUCAAAGUAGCACUGCAAAUAAACCCUUUAGCCACGCGGACACCUUGGCCGCCCCUAAAGAUGGUCUGGGAGAGCUACAGGAUCACGUCUUCAUGCAGAAUCUCAUUUACGCCUUGGGCAUCAAGCCCCGAACCGGCAUGGGACUACGGCACUGUUACCGCAUGCUUGACAAUCACAUUGCUAUAACGGGCAGCACGAUGGAGUUUGUCAUAAAAAACGAGACCAUGGGCGGUGACCCCCUCUUCGGCAACAGGAAAGCUUUUGCCAUGGCCUGGCGCAAGCGCGCGGUCCGUGACGGCCGCAUCUUGCACUCUGAGCCGCAGUGCGCCUUUGGCGACGAAGGCGACACUGUCACGCUAUGGCUUGACGCACCCCUACCAUGCAUCGAGGAGCAGCAACAGCAGGCGCUUAACGCCAGCGGCAGUCCGCCAGAAGGCAGGACGCAGAUUGUCCUGGCCAGCUGGUCUGGCGUCGAAGUAUCAGCGCGUGUUGCGGCGCUUGUAGCCAGUGGCCAGACAAGAAUACUAGCCACUAAUGACGAUCUCCACGUUGCGGAUCCCAAGCCAGAAGACUUGAAAUGGCUGUCUAUCUGCUGGACUUACUCUCGUGGCCGCGAAGCAGGCACACCCUCCGCGACAGAUUUCCAGACGGCGAUCGUCUCGGAGGGCCAGCAUCUGUAUGUGCCUCUGUGCCUGCGCAUUCUGCGCGCGAGCAAGGGCGACCUCGACGUCACAGAUCUUCUCCAGGCCAUGGUGUCAGGACAACAGACGCUCACUUUUGAUCCAAACGACAUUAUUGCUUCGGCGCCAGAUUCGCGCCCCGGUAUUCAGAAAACCAUAUCUAUUGCAUAUCGCUAUGGCACCCGCGCCAUGCAGCUUCUCGUUGUACCUGAAGGUGUGGGCAUGGUUAAGCUGACUCCUCACGGAACAGCCAACGACAGCGCCGGUUACGGAAGAAUUUUUGACCUGGAUGCGUCCAAAGCCAUAGCCAUUGGGGGAGAGAACAAGGCGGCUACAGUUCUGGCAAUCAUCUGGGGCCUGAAAUUAAUACCGUUGGAAACACCAUCCCUUCGAGAGGCGCUACAGCUGCGGCUUUUGCCGUGUCGUAAUGAUUUCUUUGGGGUUGACGGCUGGGAGGGUGUGGUCAAGACAUGUCAGGUCUUUGUCCAAAGUGGAAAGUCGGUGGGCUGCUUUUCUACCUGGGAAUUGGCCGACCUGGAUUUGAAUUGCAGUGUUUGA